UCUCGCCUCUCCUUGCCACGCGCAUGCGCCGAGCGGCUUCUCAAUGGAAGCCGGGAUUCAGUGCGCUCCGGUCAGCGCAGCUCUGUGGAUGUGGGCCGCAGCCGAAGGAGCCGAGUAGGGGCUGCAGCCGUGGAGAGCGGCGUUUUCCUCGUCACUGGGUCGUCCGACGGCCGCAUCGCGUUGCGCGUGAUCGGCGUUGUUCUUUCGUUUGUUCGCUUCUUCAGCGAAGGAUGUUGUCGCCGUCUUGUGCUCGUCGACAGUGAUCUCAGCCAGUGGUGUCCACCGUUCGGAACGCCGAGAGAAGGAUUCCCCCGCCGACCCAUGCACUUACUCUGAGGUGGGGGCCUGUUGGCAGCGGGACGGGCCGUUGUGUUUCCGUCCGGUGUCGGAAUCACGCGUACUUGUCGACGGCUCCGUGCGUCGGCCUCUUUUUCCCACGGGUUCGCCGCCUCUUCUUCCUGUCGCCGGCUCUUUCUGCAGCGGCUCCGUUCCUCGGAUUAUCUUUCCUGCAUUUCCGGACGUACACUGCGGUGCAUUCUGAAAGUGUCCCAAAGCAUUGCUGGCUUCUCUCCUUCCUGUGCUCGUCUCGGCAUCAUCCGGUGAAGUUCGAAAGGUCUACAACCUGGAUUCAUAAACCGAUGCCAAGAAACUGUUCUUGACGCAACAAGCGCCGAUCGCCACUACCGUGCUUCAUCGGGAAGGCUCUUCGCCUGUCAGGCCAUGCCAGGAUAACUGGCUGUGACGACCUCUAUUCGCACCAUAAACGUGUGUCGCCUUUACGGUGAGAGGAGAGUGACGAUGGAAGGAGGACAGCGCUUACCGACGAGUCGCACGUGAUGUCUCCGGCCGCAGCCAUGUGGUGCGCAGCGCUGGCCUUGCUGCUGUGUGCCGCGGCAGCCGCUGGUCUCGAGUCUCCGUCGGGCGGGGCCACCUCGUCGUCGGGUCAUUGUCCCAGCGCUUGCACAUGCAAGUGGAAAGGCGGCAAGCACACAGCCGAGUGCGUCAGCCAGGGUCUCUUCUCCGUGCCUGUGGGUCUGCCCCAAGGAUUGCAGGUGAUCCACCUUGAACGGAACAACUUCCACUCGCUGCCCGGCCGCACGUUCCAGGAGCGUGGCUUGGUCGACCUUCAGCGGGUGUUCCUCUCUCAGUGUCGACUCGGACGCGUGGCGCGGGACGCCUUCCAGCAGCUCACCAACCUCGUUGAACUGGACCUCAGCUGGAACUUGCUCACGGCCGUGCCCAGUGCCGCGCUGCGGGGUGUGCCCCACCUGCGCCGGCUGCAGCUGAGCGGCAACCCGAUCGCACAGCUCGACAACGGCAGCUUCGUGGGCCUCCAGCACUUGACGUACCUUCACCUGUCGCGGUGCCAACUGCGAUCAAUUGAGCCCGGCGCACUCGACGUGCCAGCACUGGAGUUUCUGUUGCUCGACUACAAUCGACUCACGACACUGCCAGCUCAAGCGGUGUCCCCACUUCCGAGACUCUCCACGUUGCAUCUGCAGGGCAACCCGUGGCAAUGCGACUGCCGACUGAGCAGCCUGCGGCGAUGGAUGCGCACCCGCAACAUCCCGCUGGGAGAGCCGCCGCGCUGCGCGGGUCCACCGCGGCUCGAGUCGGCCUCGUGGGACGAGCUCGCGCUCGAGCAGUUCGCCUGCCCGCCUCAGGUGCACGCCGAUUCUCUGGUCAGCGUCCAAGAAGGACGCAAUGCCACGCUCGUCUGCCGAGUCCGUGCAGACCCGCCCGCUGUGCUCAGAUGGGAGGCGGCUGACUGGGGUGCCAACGCCUGGAACUCGACGGACGGCACGUCGGGUCCGGACUUGGACUCGACCCGCUUCCAAGUGCAGCGUGAAGCAGAGCGGGCCGUUCAGCUGAGCUGGCUUUCCGUGGCUCACGCGGGUCCCUACGACGCGGGCGUCUACAUCUGCGUCGCCGAGAACCGCGCCGGACUGCGGGCUGCCAACACGACGCUGGCCGUUGUGCAGGCGCCACCGGUGGCCGGCGGCCUUUCGCGCACCUACAAGGUGGUCAUCGUGCUGGCCAGCUUCCUGGCGCUGGUCAUACUGGCUCUCAUACUGUGCUUCGUCGUGGCUCGGCAGAGGGCUCUGGCUGCCUCUAGGGCCAAGUUUCCAGGCAUGCUCAAGCAGCUGGCGCGCAAGGCAGACCUGGUCGAAGUGGCAACGCCGAGCGACACGAAGGCAGCCCAGCUGGCCGCCAUGCAACAGCAGUCGCCACAGGACGGCUCGGCGCAGUCACCCGGAGACCGGACGACGCCCGACCUGGUUCACGGCAAGAGCGGCGCGGGGCUCGACUAUUCCAGGCAGCCCAACGGAUACGGGCCCAUCGGCAACGGCUAUGCCAAUCCAGCCGACCCCUGUUACGGCCAGUUCGCGCUGCCCGACCGGUACCUCGAAGAGCCACCCGAACCACCGUACAGGCACGACCUCUACUCGCCGCCGGAACCCUCAGCGGCAGCCGCACAGUGGAGGGUAGUCGAACCCACGGCGACUUCUUGGAAGCGCAACUGCAGUAGUGCACCUCCGGUCGCGGCCUGCGUCGCGGUCGGCGGUGAUACCCGAUACUCUCCAGACGAAGGGUACGGCGAAGGAAACUACGAAGGCACUGAAGUGUGAACGAUAUUUGAGAUGUAGGAUUGAAAAAAAAAACGCUAACCGACAGACCACGAAGGGCAAGACGUCGGGCUCCACAGAAGUCUUUUUUUUUAAAUCAAGGCGGGAUGUUGCCUGGAACGACAAGGGCACGCCCGUUUAGUCCCCGGUACCAUCGGGACCUAAAUGCACAACGGUAAUAAGAAAUGACAGAAAUGAAGCUAUUGAGAACGUCUGACGAAUAACGCUGUGCGUUUCACGUGGAACGAGCUGGCAUCGUCUCCCUUGCAGGACAAGAAGCCAGCACUCGGCUGUUAUGCUCGAACGAUGGAAACAUUUUUGUGACAACGAACUGCUGCCAAAAAGGUGUAGAGAUCUAUUUUUCACUGCGCGAAAGAAAUGGCAGGACCAGCGACUGUGGCUGAAGAAUAGAACACCUCGCAAAAGUAUGGCGAGCUGAGUAACUAAGUUCGAGUGCUUAAAGAAGAGUUUUCGGGCUUACUUGAAAGAACGGCUUCUCUCGCUUUGUGUGUACAGUGUUCUUGAGUCCCUAAUGUUUCCAGCGAUAUUUCAUUGUUCUUGUUUCCUUAUCCUGUGUUCCUUUCGUCUCAUGUGCAACGGCAAGUCAGUGCAGUAGCAGUGGAAAAUACCCGGAGUGUGUGACCCUUCGCGAGUGAUUUUCUUUUUCAACUUUUCAAGACUGGAAAAAAAAACUGUUUUUGUGAUUUUCGCAACGAAUACUAAUUUAUGAGUGACUUAUCUUCAAAACGCGCUUCAUCAUUUCGUGUUUGGACAUUCGUGAAGAAACUGUUUGUGUUUCACAGACACAAGACUCGGUCGCGAGUGAAUGAUGAAUCCCAUGGUGACUUGUGGUUCACUGAACACGGUUCCUAACAUGCCCUCCAGAUGGGGCGAGCUGUAAUUAUAGAAGACAAUAUGCGAGUCACCUGGGACUAACGCAUGCACAGCGCUUGCCCGUCCACAAAACGCCGCUAACUGCUCUGCGUUCACACCAAGGCUGCAGAGAUCUAACGCAUACCAGAACAAAGUGGCGACGACAAGCUGAGCAACAAAUGUGGCGCCUUGCAGUGAGUCGCGGGCUGAACUUUUGCUUCAGUGUCCACGAGAACACUUCGGUGAAUCCUUAUACAUACACUUAUACAUACAUAUAUAUAUUAUUUCAUGUGAAGACAAGCGCUCUUGUACAUAUUUAUUACCAAAUGUUUGUUGUGACAGUGAAACUUCCGAAGGCCUCACAAUGAAGGCCAAUAAAGCUGUUGUGCCAGACGC